CUUAUAAAUAUAUUGUUCAGCACCUUUGAAAACCUCUCAUAGUCAUAGCCUUUUUUUCUGCUUCUCUGCUCUUUUUUCCUGCUUUUGCGGCUUAUCGCCGCCAUUGCCGUUCUUCUCUGCCUUUUUCUGUGCCAACUUGGUGGCGCGCAUUAAAGCGGUGCUGCUUUUACCCUCCAAACAACCAAAUCUCAUUGCAUUUAAACCUCACUAGCUAGCUUCCCUUACUCGCUGAAUUCAUAGCCAUUAUUAAGAAUUCUCAGUGAAGAUAAAUUCUUCUUCUUGUUGGGUUUUUUGUUUCAGUUUUUUUAGCUUUUUGGAGAAAGAUACAUCACCUCCACCACCAAGAUCCAUCAAGUUUAAGACACACUUACUUUCUUGGAUAACAAAGGACAAUGUUGCCUCAGAAGCAAGCAGAGGAAGCAAUAGUGGCAAGUGAAACAGAGCAUGAAGUGAGUGGCAGAGGAGAAGAAGAACAAGAAGGGAAGGAUCAUGUUCAGUCAGGGUUCAGUUUCAGAAACUUCCUCUGGCAUGGUGGUUCUGUUUGGGACGCUUGGUUCAGCUGCGCUUCAAAUCAAGUGGCUCAAGUGCUGUUGACACUUCCGUAUUCAUUCUCUCAACUGGGCAUGCUAUCAGGGAUCUUGCUUCAGGUCUUCUAUGGAAUCAUGGGAAGCUGGACUGCUUAUCUAAUCAGUGUUCUCUAUGUUGAAUACCGUAGCAGAAAGGAAAAGGAAAACGUCAGUUUCAAGAACCAUGUUAUUCAGUGGUUUGAAGUGCUUGAUGGGUUGCUGGGUCCAUAUUGGAAAGCAGCAGGGCUAGCUUUCAAUUGUACUUUCCUCCUGUUUGGAUCUGUGAUACAGCUGAUAGCGUGUGCAAGCAACAUCUACUACAUAAAUGACCAUUUGGACAAGAGGACUUGGACUUAUAUCUUUGGAGCUUGCUGUGCUACCUCUGUGUUCAUACCUUCAUUCCACAAUUACAGAAUCUGGUCAUUUCUGGGACUUGGAAUGACCACUUACACUGCUUGGUACCUCACUAUAGCUGCUAUUGUUCAUGGCCAGGCUGAAAAUGUGACACACACUGGUCCAAAAAAGCUUGUGCUGUAUUUCACUGGAGCAACCAACAUACUGUACACUUUUGGUGGACACGCAGUUACUGUAGAGAUUAUGCAUGCCAUGUGGAAACCACAGAAGUUCAAGUACAUAUACUUGCUGGCCACAUUGUACGUUUUCACACUAACGAUUCCAUCUGCUUCUGCGGUUUACUGGGCUUUUGGUGAUGAGCUUCUCAAUCAUGCUAACGCCUUCUCUCUCCUUCCCAAAAAUCGCUUUCGAGAUGCUGCUGUUAUCCUCAUGCUCAUUCACCAGUUCAUCACAUUCGGUUUUGCUAGUACCCCAUUGUACUUUGUGUGGGAGAAGGUAAUUGGGAUGCAUGACACAAGGAGCAUUUGUCUAAGGGCACUAGCAAGGUUGCCAGUGGUGAUACCAAUAUGGUUCUUGGCUAUAAUAUUUCCCUUCUUUGGUCCCAUUAACUCUGCUGUUGGAGCUCUUCUUGUUAGCUUUACCGUUUACGUCAUCCCCGCCGCCGCCCAUAUGCUCACUUACAGAAAAGCCUCCGCAAGACAGAAUGCUGCUGAGAAGCCUCCUUUCUUCCUGCCAAACUGGACUGCAAUGUUUGUGAUAAACACAUUCAUUGUGGUGUGGACAUUGGUGGUUGGAUUUGGGUUUGGAGGAUGGGCCAGCAUGACCAACUUUAUUAGGCAAAUUGACACAUUUGGGCUCUUCGCCAAGUGCUACCAGUGCAAGCCCCCUACUCCGACCGCGCCACCCCCUCACGCCCUUCACCACCAUUGAUUACUGAUUAGUUAUCACUCAGUACUCACCUCAACACAUUAGCUGAAACAAGUCUUUCAAAUAGGCCCCUCAAUAUUUUGUAUCAUACAUGGGGGAUGCUAGUAAUACUCCUGGCCCCUUCAUUUGAUGUGUGCUAGCUGGCUGUGUGUUUUGCAAUUCUUUUUUCACUUGUUUUACUAUAUAGUUUUGUUUUUUUUUUCUUUAAGAUUAGUUGAAUACAAAUAGUGUGGCCAAUGGUUGUGAUUCCUUUGCUAUAAAUGCAUAGGCUAAUUAAAUUACAUGUGUUUUGGUAUAAGAUUUAGAUUUUGCA